AUGCCACCUUCGUUUUUGACCUCCCGGCCAUAUUUGCGCGUAUUGAGCGUCGCCAGAUUCAAGCUAGUCGCUAUCUUCCUCCUCGUAUCCACCGUCCUUUUGUUCACCUCGUAUUCCUGGGGUUCCAUCAAGACCAUCGCCUCUGAGAAACUCCGCCUGGACGACGAUGACAACAGCCCCGACUACUGGGCCUGGGACACCCGCAUCCAGGUCACCCUCAAGGUCGGCGCGACCGAGAGCGCCGCCCGCAUCAACGCCUCCAUGGACGGUGUGACCGCCUGCAUCGACAACCUCUUUGUCGUCGCCGACCAGGCGACCGAGCUCCACGGCCACCAAGUCCACGAUGUGCUCGCCGACAUCGCCCCCUUCGCCAAGGAAAUCAACGCCACGGACUUCCAGCUCUACGAAGCGCUGCAGCGCGGCGACUCCAACAUUGGCGGCGAGGCGGGGUGGAAGCUCGACCGGUUCAAGUUCCUGCCCAUGAUCGAGCAGGCGAAGAAGAAGAACCCCGUGGCCGAGUGGUUCGUGUUCCUGGAGACCGACACCUACUUUGUAUGGGACAAUGUGUUCCGGCUGCUGGACCAAUUUGACCCGUAUGCGCCUCACUACUUCGGGUCCCCCUCGCCCGGAUUCAAACUGGAUGGGGGGAACAGAGUGUGGUUUGCCUACGGCGGGGCCGGGUUUAUCCUCUCGCGCGGCGCGAUGGAAAUGCUGACGGACCGCAAGAUUGGGAAAUAUGGGGAGUAUAUCGACCCCUCGCUCAGCGAAAAGUACAUGGAGGUGGUGAACCAGGAUUGCUGCGGCGACUCGGUCCUCGGGUUCGCGCUGUGGGAAGCGGGCGUGAAGCUGUCCGGCUUGUGGCCCAUGUUCAAUGCGCAUUCGUUGCAUGGCAUUCCCUUUGACCAUGUACACUGGUGCCAGCCCGUGAUCAGUCUCCACAAAUCACUCCUCUCUGAUGUGACGGGCCUGGCAAAAUGGGAGGCGCAGCGUAGUAAGAAGAACCCUCUUCUUUACUCCGAGAUCAUCGAUUACCUCCAGUUGGGCCACUUGGAAGACAGGAAUGAGUGGGACAACGGCGAUUUCAGCGGGUUCAUUGAGCCGGCGCAGUCUCCGGCCCACGAGUCCCUAGCGGCCUGCCGCAAGGCCUGUCACGAGCACAAGGAGUGCUUCUCCUUCACAUACGACUCGAAGAAGACCUGCGUAUUCGUGCGGACCAUUCGCCUGGGUCAGGCUAAGAAGCUCGGGGAUGGUUCGUUGACUGCCGGGUGGGACAACGAGAAGAUCCUCGCAUGGCGUGAGAGCCAUCACUGCGAAGCCCCGUUGUGGGUGAAGCCUAGCAUUUCCCGAAUCUUUUGA